CCGACAGGAACCAAGUAAAUCGCCAGUUACCUAACACUCAGCGGACCACGAAUGUCGAAGAAAUUAAAAGUUAUUGAGAUAUUUUAGUGCCAUUCGGUUCCUGGGAUAAUUGUAUUUGUGGUGGUGCACUGCCCCACCGGAAUGGUAGUAUAGGCGAGAGGGCAAACCUGUCGUGCAGCGAGAUCCCGCGGAGUCCCAGAAACUCCCCGAGAGGAGGCGUUGCUACCUGGGACCGUGUCAGAAGAGAAGGGGGAAAUAAUAACAAAAAUAAGAAUCAUUAGAAAUAUAAAAAUUAGUUAUUAAAAUGCCGAGUAAAAAAAAGAAAUACAACGCCAGAUUUCCUCCGGCAAGGAUUAAGAAGAUCAUGCAGACGGAUGAAGAGAUAGGGAAAGUGGCCGCGCCAGUUCCUGUCAUCAUCUCACGGGCUCUUGAGCUUUUCCUGGAGUCCCUUCUGACAAAAGCCUGUCAAGUCACACAAUCGCGGAAUGCAAAAACCAUGACGACAUCACAUCUAAAGCAGUGCAUUGAGCUGGAGCAGCAGUUUGACUUCCUGAAGGACCUGGUGGCGGCAGUGCCAGACAUGCAAGGGGAAGCUGAGGACAACCACACCGAGGGAGGGGAGAAAGUGUCCCGCAGAGGCCGCAAGCCGGGGUCGGGCCGGAAGAACGGAGGAGCUGGCACCAAGGGCAAGGACAAGAAGCAGUCGGGGACGGAGUCUGAGCAGGAGGAGGACUCCGAGGACAGUGACAUGGAUGGGGAGGAGGAGGAUGAUGGGUCUCGGUCCAGCACAAACCUGCAGCCUGCGUCCCGGUUCCAGAGCUCUGGCAUCAGCCCGGACCUGCAGCACCAGUACCUCCACACAGCUCCACCCGCGCCGGGCCUGGCCAUGCCCGUGGGCCCCUUCGCCCCUCACCCUUCCCUGAUGGGCUCUGCGCCACCCCCGCCCGCCCCCCUGCCUCACAAUGAUGACAAUGAUGACGAAGACUAUGACUCAUAGCUGCCCCGCCCCCUGCCCCCCGACUCUUUUACACUUUACUUUGUUUUAAUUUGACGGCAUUGGGGCGUGGGAGAAGUCAGUGGGGAAACCCAGCUGCUCCAGGGAAGAAGGGGGUGUGGCCAGGUGUCUCCUCCUCUGAUGAGUAAUAAUUUGUAUAUUAUGUGUUUUACCAUUGAUUCCACCCCCCCCAGUUUUCUUUACACUUUAAAUUGGCUUUGCUCCUGUGUAAUUACAUGCUUGUCUACAAUGUCUGUGCUAUGUAAAUAUACUUAUAUAUGAUGUGAUUGCACAUGUAUGUACAUAAUACUUACAUUGUAUGUACAUAUGUAAUUGCACAGGCACAAAGCCACUGUAGUGUACAGUGCAACCUUUUUUAAUUCUUUAUCAUGGAGAAAAAUUGAACUGAGUUU